AUGGGCCACAAAAACUCAAAGACAUCCACAACCAUCAUCAAAUCACAACAACAACAGGCUCGCAACCACAACAACAAUCAUUCAACCAUUCUUCCAAUCACAUCCCCUUCCUCCUCAAAACCUCCUCUUCAAAAUCCUUCUCCAUCUUCCUCCGCAGCAAAUUCUCAUGAAUUCUUACCACCAAGUUUAUUUGCUUCCUAUUUGAACACAACUUCGUCGUCAUCGAUCGUACAACAAUUUCAUACAAAGCUUUCCGAAGAGCAAUGUCAGCUCAUGAUCAAGGGAGUGAUUCAAUCGUAUUUUGGAAUACCAAAUAUAUUUCCAGUGUUUUCCGAGGAAUUGUUUGAAAGCAUUUGGGCCUUGCAGAAUAUUUUGGCAGCUGACAGCACUCGAAAUUUAAUGUUGGCCUACUCGGAAGAGCUGUAUUGGGUCAAUGGUGGCUCUAUCAGCGGAAAUGACACUCAAGAAGGAUCACAAACGCCACUUUCUUCAGUGUCUCCACGACUUGCCAAAACUCACGAUAUAUUUUCACCCAUUUUCUACACGCGAGAUCAAUUAUUGAAAAAUUCUUCCUCGAAUCGAUCACACCAUCAUGAUGGCUCUUUGUCCAAAACUUUGGAAACAAACUAUUCGACAACGACUUUACAAAAUUCUUUUACCUCUAAUUCUCUACCAAAUACUACUAACAUGUCACGACUCAAACAUUUAACCAUCGAAUGGAGCAUCAAAUUGAUAAAUCAAGAAUCUAUUGUGGUGGCUACUCAUAGAAUUCCAUUGUGGAUUGCAACUCUGCGUUUAAGAAGGUUAUUUCAACAAUGUAAACAAACCACAUCGAUUGAUUCCAAUGGAAAUUGCAAAAUAUUAUUUCCAGUGAUUGAAAUUUCAAAUCAAUUUGAAGCGAAAAUGCUAUUGAGUGUUCAUGAAAUGAUUCCUUUAAUUUUUGAAUUAAUUAUCAUGUAUUUGAGUUGCCCAAUGUUAUUAUUCAAAUGGAUGGACGAAACUGAACCUCAUAAUAUUCGAGAAUUAUUCGAUGAUCAUAAUAUCAGUACGAUACAACUGUUCACAUGUUGUGAAAUGAUUUCACAAAAAGUUUUUGCAUUUCUCACGGACUUUUCGACCAAUGUCGAAACUCAGAAUACUGUCACAACACCUUUUGGAAAAGAUCUAAUUGAAUAUUUCUCACUUUUGAAACAAUUGGGACAACACGGCAUAGGAUUAGAAUGGAAGAAUGCCUAUCGAUCCAUGUUUUCCAAUUGGAAAAAAGAUAUUACUUUUAUACUCGACGCAGAUGCUAAGAACGAAUUGAAAAAGAAUGGACUUUCAAUAGAGACAGAUUUUGUUGAAUUGUGUACACAUGGAGGAAGUACGGUUGCGUUUUUACCUAAAAAUUUUAUGCAACUAAGCUCAUCUGUGGUACGAAAAAAGAUUGAAAAGGAUCAAAAGAUUUCCAUCCAUGAAAUUAAGAACACGAAGGCCAUGUCAAAUAUUGCUUCGUAUUGGAUGACCAUGGAAUUGUUGGAUGAUAAGCACUUGAAUGACAUUUUAACUUUUUCAAAGAGAACUCAAGAACUCACUCUAUUCAAACAAACAGUGUCACUACUGGCAAGAAAAGUCACCGAAGAAAAUACUUACUCAUUCUUCAAAAUUGCACAAGAAUUGAAAAUUGACACGCUCACUGAAUUGUGUAAUCUCUACACACAAUACUCGAAGUUUAAAGAAAGUUCUCAAACAAAAACCACCAGAAGAAGAUCCCUUGCAAUGGUCAUGUUGAAAAAAACACCAAGUGAAGUCUCACUCACCAACUCUCCCUUUCAAUUUACAAAACGAUCGUAUUAUGACACUUCAGAAAUGGAAUUUGCACUUGCUCAAAUUUCAAGUGGAAAAUCCAUGCAAAUUCGUGUGUGGAUUUGUGGAGGAAGAAAACCUGGUAAAACAUCCUUGGUGUGUCGAUACAUGUUCGGAAAAUUUGAUGUCACCUAUGACACGAGCAUUAGUGAGAGUUAUCGAAAAUUGGAAGGAAAUUUUGUGAUUGAUCUAAUGGAUUCGAGUGGACAAACUCCUUCCUCUGAAGUGAAUAAUAUUGAACUCAUUAGAAGUUGUGAUAUUUUCGUGGUGUGCUACAGUGUGAAAGACAAGAAUAGUUUUUCAAUGGUUGAAGAUUACAUUCAAAAUUUCAAAAUACUCAAGGACAAUACAGAUCCUAUCAUUAUCAUUGCAGCUCUACAAUGUGACUCACCAAGGAGUAUGUGGCAAACAACCACAGAUGCAGGUUUACAGCUCGCCCAACAACACUCAGCUCUAUUCUUUGAAGUUUCCAGUUAUUUGGGUGUCCAUGUGAGAGAUGUUUUCGUGAGUGGCAUUUUGGAACACUGCAGACAAUGUUCUUUGAGGUAA